AUGUGUGGGUUGUCUGCAAGGUCCCAGGCUAUGACACCGAUCAAGCUUAAGAAUUUUUGCUGGAGGGCGGAGGCUGUAGUUCCAACUCCAACCGACGAGGCCCUGGAAAAUAGAAUUCCACAUCUAAAGGACGAUGGGUUACGGCCAAGAGUUUUUCAAAAUCUUAAGCGUAAGUGGCCAAGUGUCCCAACUCGACAUAAGGGCGAGGAAGCCGCGCAACGAGACCUCAGCCUAUUCAACGACUCUGGGUCAAGGAGGAAUGGCCAAGGACCACUAAGAAGUCCCAAUCGAAGGUGUAAAAGGAAGGAAAGGCAGAAGAAAGCCCUCUUUCUUUUAGUGGUGCUGGUAUUAGUAAGUCAGCCGGCUACUAGUCAACGUCUUCGCUUUGAAAGCGGGAGAAUACUUGCCUGGAAAGGCAUACUCUUAGAAAGAUUACUGGCCUACUGCUGCCUUACCACUAGCUUAACACUAGCAGCACAGGCUUACCUAUUAAUCACAGACCCCCUUCCUUACUUGCUUGCCUUUCCAAAUGAGAGGACGAAGAACCUAGGCGCGGAUUGGGCUUCCCGAACCAAAGGUAAGCUCCGAUUGCGCCUUAGGACUAGGACUGAUCUGAUCGGAUAUGCCUUCCCUUCUGACUUUCCUGAGCGAGUAGGUGAUGCGGGUUACAUGCCUGCUUCUUUGAACCUACUUCUUAUUACGUUACGACUUUUUUCCGCCCCCUCACGCUAUAAAGUCGAUUUCCUUUCUUAUGGUCUAUCCCCUCGUACCCGUACUAACAGUCUAAGCCGGCUCCCUGAGGUUGAGCGGAAAGCUGAGUUGAAAGCUAGUGAUCCCCAAUUCCGUUCCCCAGUGAUUGCCAAUUCUCUUUCCACUGAAGCAAAGGUGCGCCUUGAAGGAGAUGGAAGCCUUUGCAGCCGAUUUCGGGAUCAUGGACUCUUUGACUAUGCUCCAGCUAAUGGAUCGUCUGAGGCUAGUACUAAGAAAGUACUGAAGAAUGUGCGCCGGAAAAUGAUGACCGAUAACCAAAACUUGGCACAGAGUCAACUCAGACGUUCUCGGGGCUUAUCGGACAAGAUGUUACACAGAAUCGGAGCUAGAAGAAAGGUUGAAUCUGAAAAGUACUCUUCCGGGAAAGAAAUUUCUACUCUAUUUUUUGGAUCAGGAACAAUCGAACCAGAGCAGUUAAGGCUAAAGCUCGUUCUUCGAGAGGAUGGUGCUAAUAGCGGAGUGCAGCAGCUUGUGAGCUCACAGAUUCAAAAAGGGGAUGGGAUGCCACCGGCUAAGUUAGAGAUUGUUGAGGAAAGUCAAGUCUCAUUGGAAGGAGGAGCUAGAGCUAAGCUUAUUUCUUCUAUGAAGACCUCUUCUCCCGCCUAA